UCAUUUACUCUGGUUGUCUUUUUUGGCAUGGUGCUUAUGUUAUGGUUAGAGGGAUUAUAAUUUGGUGCUGUUUGUAGAGGUGAUAACACUGAUAGAAUCCAAUCAUUGCUGGUCUCAGCACAUCUGGAAAGUCCUGCAAAGUCCCACCUACAGAAGGUCCAGAGACAACAAGUAAAACCCUUCAUGACCCUUGACUACCAGAUUGUCAACCAGACUCUUAAACGGUCACACCCUCCAACACCAAGCAGUGCCCUUCUGGUGCAGCAUGGACACACAUCUCCCGAGAGUGACACUGGCUUUACUGGAAAUCCACUCACCAAGUUACUAACGCUUGGGAAGGAAGAUGACAAUGUGGAAUGGCAUAUGGAAGACGUAAUUGAGGAUAUAAUCGGUAUGGAGUCAAGUUUUAAAGAGGAAGGAACAGACUCUCCUCUGCUAAUGCAAAGAACAUUAUCUGGAAGUAUUUUGGAUGUGUAUAGUGGUGAGCAGGGAAUUUCACCAGUUAAUAUGGGCCUCACAAGUCCUUCCUGUCCAAGUAAUCUGCCAAUGAAAAGAGAAAUUACAGAAACAGAUACACGAGCUUUGGCAAAAGAGAGACAAAAAAAGGACAACCACAACCUCAUUGAAAGAAGAAGAAGGUAUAAUAUUAAUUACCGAAUCAAGGAGCUUGGCACUCUUAUUCCAAAGUCUAAUGAUCCUGAUAUGCGCUGGAACAAAGGGACCAUUCUAAAAGCAUCAGUGGAGUACAUCAAGUGGCUACAAAAAGAACAACAGAGAGCUCGAGAAUUAGAACACAGACAGAAGAAAUUAGAGCAGGCUAACAGGCGGCUUCUCCUCCGGAUUCAGGAACUAGAAAUACAGGCUCGUGCGCAUGGUCUGCCAGCCCUGGCUUCACUUGGCACAGUUGAUUUGGGUGUUCAUGUCACCAAACAACAGACCCAUCUUGAGCAGAAUUCAGUAGACUAUUGCAAACAACUGACUUUGUCUCAGGGGACCAGCCCUGAGCUCUGUGAUCAAGCUAUGGCCUUCUCUGAUCCUUUGUCACAUUUCACAGAUUUAUCAUUUAGUGCCGCUUUGAAAGAGGAACAAAGAUUGAAUGACAUGCUACUGGAUGACACAAUAUCUCCAUUUGGAACAGAUCCUCUGCUAUCUGCCACUUCCCCUGCAGUUUCCAAAGAAAGCAGUAGGAGAAGUAGUUUUAGCUCAGAUGAUGGUAAUGAAUUAUAAAAA